AUGUUGCAGAUGGAGAUAACCAAUAUCUCGGAGGGUCUAGUCACCGACACAGCGAUGAACGACAAGAGCACAUCUUCAGAGUUCGUUGAGACUUUCUGGAUGAGAUUUCAUACGUACAUGGUUCAUGUCGUUUUUGGUAUUAUAUUGGGGUUUGUUGGAAAUGGGACGGUGAUCCUCAUCUUCUUGCGACACCGGAAUAUGAGGAGUAUUCCUAACAUCUACAUCUUCUCUCUGGCUCUUGGGGAUCUUCUGGCCAUCAUAAGUUGCAUCCCCUUUAUCCUACACGCGUACACCUAUGUCUCGUGGCCUUGGGGUGAAUUCAUUUACAAGAUAUGCGAGACUUGCAAGGAACUUUCCAUCGGAGUCUCCGUGUUCACUCUGACAGCGCUCAGCGUUGAACGGUACUACGCGAUCGUCCAUCCGAUGAAUCAGAAAAUGUCCACUAAACGUUUUGCAAUCAGGAUGGCCUUGGCAAUUUGGGUGAUUUCUAUCGCUCUUGCAAUUCCUGCAGGAGUAUUCUCUAAAUGUGAACAAUUUUUUAUCACAGUGGAAGAUCCACUUUAUAUCUGCUUUCCUUUCCCCUCCAGGGAGCAUGCGAAGUUCGUGAUUACUUUACGGUUAUUGAUUUAUUACCUCAUCCCGAUCGUCAUGAUCGGUUUCUAUUAUUCCUUGAUGGCCAGACAUUUGGUGCUGUCCACCGGUCGCUUCCCCCAACAGCACGGGCAGGGCCAGUUAACUCAGAUGUUAACCCGGAAAAAAGUUGCAGUCAUGGCUUUAGCUUUCGUGAUCAUCUUCAUGAUCUGCUUCUUUCCUAUGCGGAUUUCCAUGUUGUGGUUCUUCUACAAUCCAGAUUGGGCGGUUGAUUACAGCGUCUUCUGGUACUACUUCCACAUCAUUGGUUUCCACAUGGGGUACUUCUACUUUUGUGUGAAUCCUAUAGCCCUCUACUUCACGAAGUCCUAUCGGAAAUACUUCAACUAUUACCUGUUUCGUUGCUCUUAUGGUACCUUAGACAAGAGUGAUCUUAUACAAACACGUCACUGUUGA